AUGCCCGCAAGCUCCGACUAUGCGGCUCUCCUUGAGGUAAACGCAGUGAACAUUGAGAAUGCACCCCUCGAAGAUUAUGUAUACGACAAGAUGGACGGCGGGGUACACGGUGGCGGCGAUGAAGAGGAUGAGUUGCAAGAGAUUGAAGGGGAGGUCUUCGAGGCAUCGCAAACGGCAACAUAUAGCAAAAGGUCGAAGAGCUAUACCCAAAUAGAGGAUGAGGUGCUGAUCCGAGCUUGGGAGGCCGUCUCCCUCGAUGCCAUCCACGGCACCGACCAAACCGGGAAGAGGUAUUGGCAAAGGAUAGAAGACAAGUUCUUCCGGUUGAUGCCAAGGAAUGUUGAGCUGACACCACGCACCUAUAGACCACUCCAAGGAGGUUGGGAUGUGAUCAAGGCGGCGGUUAGCUGGUGGUGUGGAUGCUUGGAGCAAGUGUACAAUGCACCUCCAGGUGGCACUAAUGAAGCCGAUUGGGAUAAAAUUGCAGCCGCGAGGUAUAGGGACAUGCCGGCAUCCAGGGGCAAGCCCUUUGCAUUCGAGCAUUGUUGAGCAUUGCUUAAGAAAAGCGAGAAAUGGAAGGUGAGGGAUAAAGAAGCACCACCGAAGAGAGGUACCUUCACCUUGUAGGAUGAUGAAGAAGAUGAUGAAGGAGGGAGAAACAAGGUUAGGCCGGAUGGCAACAAGAAGGCCAAGGAGAAUAUGAAGAAGGAGUCCGACGCAUCAAGUUUGAGAGACAAGAUAGAUCAUAUGGUGCACUCAAAUGAGUUGAUGGUUACCAUGACUAUAGAAGCAAAAAAAAGAGUUGGCAAUGAAGAGGUCUCAAGAGAAAGAGGAGAAGUGAACCUAAUCAAGGAGGAGAAGUUGUGCAAGGCAGCCGUGGAAGAGGCGGAUAGGUUGCGCAAGGCCGCAAUUGAGGAGAAAAGAGCCCAAGCCGAGGAAACCAAGGCUCUUGCCAAGCUCAUUGCCAGGAGAACAAAAUCAUGACCAUGAACCGUAAUGAGAUGGAUGCGCUAACCUUGGAGCGGCAUGAUUUGAUGAGAAAGGGGAUCUUGGAGCGAAGAAGGAUGGCUUCCAACGGUGGUGUUGGUGCUGGUGGUGUUGAUGGUGCUUGAUGGUUGUUCAUCAAGGUUUCACCACUUUAUUGUUGUUGUUUUGAUGCAAAAAUGUUCAAUUCGGUU